AUGCCGCCGCAUGAGGUAUCUCAGGCUGAGAGAGGAGCCUGGCCAGGGAGGCCCUGGGAGUGCUACUGGGCCUCCUACACCAGGAACGGAGACACGGAUGGGGUGCCACGAUUGAGACCAUGGUGUUUCUCUUCUGGCUGGCAAGCGGGGCAUCAUACAGGGUGGUCUCCAGACUGUUUGCAAUGCCUCGAUCCACUGUCCACCGCAUCGUCCACAGAGUCACUGAGCCACAAGGUCAUCCACCUACCGAAGACCCAGUAUGAGUUACAACCGAUAUCCCGUGGGUUUGCAGGGCUGGCAAGACACAGAGCCUUUUUUAAAGCAGCUGGAGCAAUCGACGGCUGCCAUGUCCACGUCAAGCCACCGAGCGGCCCUGAUGGUCAGUGCUACAGGAACAGGAAACUGUUUCCAUCCAUCAUCCUGCAGGCUGUCUGUGACCAUCAGGGCCGCUUCAUUGACAUCUAUGUGGGCCGGCCUGGGUCGGUCCACGACUCCAGAGUGCUCCGCUACAGCCCACUGUACAGGAGUUCACUCUACCUUCCUCCAGGGCAUUUCAUCCUUGCAGACGGAGGGUACCCGUGCCUCCAACACCCACUCCCCCUCAUCACUCCCUACAAGAGGCCAAUACAAGGUGUGGGAGCCCAGCGCUUCAACAGCCAUCACUCCAGGGCACGCUCCAUUAUAGAGCGUGCUUUUGGGAUGAUGAAGACCAGGUUCCGGGCCAUCUUCCUGCAAGCGCUGGAGGUCAUAACAGCAUGUGCCAUCCUCCACAACAUCUGCCUUGGGGCUGGUGACAUUGUGGCCCCAGAGGAUGAGCCUGAGGAGGACGAGGCAGAGGAUGAGGGGGAGAACGGUUUGGAGACAGUUAGUGGUGCUCCCUGGCGUGACCAGCUGUCUGCAGAGGUGUCUGCCCUGGAGGAGGUGCCCCCUGACCACCAAUAUUUAUAACAGUGAAAUGGCAGCCAUCGAUUGAACCAGCCCUGCAGACCCACUGAUGGACGAUGCGGUGGACAGUGGAGAGAUGCAUCCACACCUGCAACACACUCUGGAGACCACCCCAGAUGAUGUCCUGCUGACCAGGGUCUUUAUUGUGGCAGCCCAUCCAGGUCCAGCAGCAUCACCAGGGUCUCCCUGCUCAGUGGAAUAAAUGUUGUAAAUAUGUUGUAAAUACUAUUAGUUAU